UGACGACUACCAUGCCGAACUUCCACGUAGCACGCGGCGGUGGCGGUGCGUGGUAAUAAUAAGUUUGCACGGUUAUGUCGGAGCACUGUAGGACCAGUUGUGUCGUCGUGAGUGGAUGUUGAUCACGAAAUUGGUCAGUGUUCUUAACAGAAGGGUGCCGGCCGAGCAGCGGAAUAAAAUGAGAAACUUUAACAUUUUUCUAUUCGCGAUCGUCUCGACGAUCGCACUCGCGGCGAACGGAGGAUAUGUCCAAGCUCAAGAAGAUGAGAGUAUCGACGAUAUUGUUGAUGUGGAAGGUGAAGAAGGAAGUAUAAUAACUGAGGAAGAAACGGAGGAGGAUACUAGUAAUGCCUCAGCUGAUGCUGAUACAACGAUACUUUUCACAAAACCUAUUCAUAAUACAUUGUCUACCCUUGAAUUGCCAGCUGGAAAUAUAGUAGAAUUUCUUGUGGGCUUCACUAACAAGGGUGAAAACGAUUUUGUCUUGGAGUCGCUGGACGCCUCUUUCCGCUAUGCAAUGGACUUUAAUUUUUACAUUCAAAAUUUCUCCACGUUUACGUUUAACAAGAUUGUGAAGCCCAAGCACGAAGCUACCUUAGCUUAUUCUUUCAUACCAUCCGAAAGUUUUGCUGGAAGACCGUUUGGCUUGAACGUUAACUUGAAUUAUAAAGAUGCAAAUGGAAUUUCCUACAAUGAAGCGGUCUUUAAUGAAACCAUACAAAUUAUAGAGAUAGACGAUGGUCUUGAUGGAGAAACUGUUUUCCUUUAUGUAUUCCUCGCAGCAUGUGUUAUAUUAACUCUCGUAGGAGGUCAACAAUUAUUAUCGUCUCUGGGACGCAGAUCGCGUUCUUCUACCACUCGUAAAGCACCAGUAGAAAUGGGUACAUCCAACCCUAACAAUGUAGAUUACGAUUGGUUGCCAAAAGAAACUCUCAACAGAAUCAAUAAAUCACCUAGAACUCCAAAGCAAAGCCCAAGGCAAAGGAAAACAAAAAGAUCAGCUGAUGAUUGAACUAUAUAUAUUAAUAUUUAUGUAUGUAUGUUAUUUAAAAGUAAUGCGGGAAAAUCUGUAUUGCACAAGAUAACUGCAAUAAUUUUUGGAGAGGUGAUUCUGAGUUCUUUAGUCUCUUCCAUAAUUUCUUAAUUAUGAAACAGAUUAUAUGAACAAGAAAUAUCCAGUUUCGAUAAGUAAUCAAUUUUGAUAAGUAAUACAGAACAUGGAGUUCCUCAAUGGGUUUUUAAUGAGAUACGAUUAUGGAGAAAGCCAUACGGCUAUAUUCUGUAAUAUUACAGAAUACGUUGAACUUUAUACAUGGACGUUCAAAAUCAAUAGAGAGAAUGGUAUAGUAAUACCCAAUGAUCUUGUUUUUGCACAAAACCCAUACGUAGCUACAUAGUACUUACAUUAAGAUGACGAGUUAUACAUUUUUUUCUGAGAUUAAUUGUCCAUUUUUUUUUACGUAAUUUGCAUUAUCACCGCGGAUAACAUGAAUGCAUGUGUGCGUACAGAUAAAAUUUGAUCAUUCUACAAUUAUAUUGUAUUAGUAUGUAAAAAUUCAAUAAAAAAGUUUUUUACGAAGA